GAAAGAAUGUGAUUUAUUCAGUAGGUUAACUACUAUACAGAUGCUGAUGUGACUUCUUCAGCAUGUUCAACUCUUGUUACAAUUCAUAUGGCCAGAGAGAUACAUUUGUAAGGUUGGAUGAUCUUGAUUCUAACAAUUCAGUGCAAUCCAGCCCACGAGGAAUCAUGAAGAAGCUCAGAUUUAAUAUAGAGGGUAAGCCACUUCCUGGUCGUGAAAAUAAGAAUGCAUCAAAAUCCUUUAGGAUAGGAAUGAAGAGAGGAUCAGAUGGACUAAAGACAUUUGGAAGAUCACUGAAAAGUGGAGUCACCUGGCAAGUGUUCCCAGAAGAUCUUAAAGUAUCAGAGACUAAAAUAUUUGAUCCUCAAGACAAGACCCUUUUGCUGUGGAACAAGUUUUUUGAGCUUCUGUGUAUUAUUUCAGUGUCAUGUGAUCCUCUCUUCUUCUACCUUCCCUACUUCAACCUCAGAUCACACUGCCUCGCCAUUGAUACUGCACUUGCAUCUACUGCUAUUAUUCUGAGAUCAAUACUUGACGCUAUCUAUCUCAUCCGCGUGGCUUUCCAAUUCCGGACUGCUUAUAUUGCACCAUCCUCUCGGGUGUUUGGACGAGGUGAACUUGUCAUUGAUCCUAAAAAGAUUGCCAAGAGAUACCUAGGGCGUUACUUCAUCAUUGAUUUCAGUUCUGUGCUGCCAUUGCCACAGAUUGUGGUGGCCAACUAUCUUCGCAAAGCAAAAGGUUUAGAGGUGUUGGCCACAAAAACUACGCUACUGAGAGUGGUCAUCCUCCAAUACAUUCCGAGAUUUGCACGCUUUAUCCCUUUAGCUACGGAAGUUAAGAAGACAGCUGCUGUUUUUUCUGAUAAUGCGCUUGUGGGUGCCACCUACUAUUUGGUUUGGUACAUGCUUGUUAGUCAUAUAGUGGGGUCUGCAUGGUACUUACUAGCCAUUGAACGAAAUGACACAUGCUGGCAGAAGGCUUGUGCUGCUGCUUCCGCUCAAGGAUGCAUUCCACAUUUCUUGUACUGUGAGAGCUCGAAUAGGCGCCAUCCUGGAUAUGAAGCCUGGAAAAAUGUCAACGGGGAUAUUCUUGACAGGAAUUGUGGGGCUGGAGGUGACGACCCUCCAUUUGACUAUGGCAUCUACGCUAGAGUUAUAGAGAAGGGUAUUACUGCCUCCAGUGAUAUGUGGAGUAAAUUCUUUUUAUGUUUCUGGUGGGGCCUUCAAAAUGUCAGCACACUUGGGCAAGGGCUUGACACUAGUACUUACAUUGGGGAGGCUUUGUUCUCCAUAUUUAUAUGUAUUUUGGGGCUUGUGCUCAUGGCUCUUCUGAUUGGAAAAGUGCAGAACUACCUUCAAUCAAUCACCGUCCGCCUUGAGGAAAUGAGGAUCAAAAGGCGUGAUUCUGAGCAGUGGAUGCAUCACCGUGUGCUUCCACAAGAGCUAAGGGAAAGAGUGAGACGCUAUGAUCAAUACAAAUGGAUGGAAACUCGAGGAGUGGAUGAAGAGACCUUGGUGCAGAGUCUUCCAAAAGAUCUAAGGAGGGAUAUCAAACGGCAUCUUUGCUUGAAUUUGGUUAGAAGGGUUCCUCUCUUUGCUAAUAUGGACGAACGCUUGCUUGAUGCUAUUUGUGAGCGUUUGAAGCCUAGUUUGUACACAGAGGGAACGUACAUUGUCAGGGAAGGAGAUCCGGUAGUUGAGAUGUUCUUCAUCAUACGUGGUCGUUUAGAGAGUGUGACCACAGAUGGUGGACGAAGUGGAUUUUUCAACAGAGGUCUUCUCAAAGAAGGUGAUUUUUGUGGAGAAGAGCUUCUGACAUGGGCACUGGACCCGAAAUCUGCAGCUAACUUGCCAUCAUCUACACGGACAGUGAAAGCUAUCAAUGAGGUGGAGGCAUUUGCUUUGGAAGCAGAGAUGUUGAAGUUUGUGGCUUCACAGUUCAGACGCCUCCAUAGCAGACAAGUUCAGCAGACCUUCCGUUUCUACUCGCAGCAAUGGAGAACAUGGGCAGCAACUUUCAUUCAGGCUGCGUGGCGCCGAUAUACCAAGAGGAAGAUGAUAGAGUCACAACUAAUAGAGGAGGAGGAGGAGGAGGAGGAGGAGGAAGAUUAUGGUUCUGAUGAUGAUGGAACAGCCUUGAUUUCACGUACUGAAAGUUCAUCAAGGACUGGACUUGGCUCAGCCAUCUAUGCUUCCCGCUUUGCUGCUAAAGCCCUUCAUGGUCAUAAGCUUCGUUCUCUCCGAAAGCCCCCAGAACCUGACUUCAGUGUUUAUGAUCAUAGCGAUUGAUUCAUUACCUGUUUAGCAGCUGAAAUGUGAGGAGUAGUUCUUGUGUGUCUGUCCUCCUGUCUUAACCUGUUCACAUGCACAGAUGAGACGAGAGUUUUUAACUAAUAUAGCGAGAGGUAAGUAUAACUUUCUUUGUUUGUGGCCUGUGGUGAUUGGAGUUUUGAUAAACCUACACCACUCUACUUUCUGUAAGCGAUUCUUGUGUACUCUAACGCUUGGGAGCUGUUUAAUUGUUCAUAGUGUGCUCCAC